AUGCUGCGCCUCCACCUAUUGGGCUCAAUUCCAGGUGCUUCUCAGGGUUUGAUAGAGUCCGUGUUUAGCAUGGCCUCAAUGAAAGAAGACUUGAAACUGCUGCUCACCAAAAACGGUGUACAUGCGGACGUGUUGGCCUGGCUGGCCAACUCUCCACAAGACUGUACCGAUAUCAAACUGUUUGCCAACAUUGUAGAUGAGGCCAGCCAGCUCAAAAAUUCCAUAUUGCAGCACACCAGCCAGAAGGACAAUCUGGGCCAGUUGGCCCGCCUGAAACAAGCUUGGAAAGAAGCCGAAAGCAUCAACCAAACCAAGCUGAAGCGGCUCGGCCAAGGGCUUGCUGAAGAUUUGUUGGAUGAAGCGCUGGACUCAGCGACGCGCAAGUCCAAGUGUGACAUCUUCCAGAAUUUCUAUCAAUGGACGCUGAAGCCUCGAGACAUGGUCAGCGAUACCCUCUUGGGCCGCAUCGUCCGCGAAUUUGAGGUCGGCCAGCCUUCCAUGUUUGCGGUUUUGCGCACUAGAAGCCUUGCCUGUUCCCAAAGGGCUCCGCCCACCAAAAGGCAUCGAGUGACAGAAGCUGUGCAACUCAACAUUGCCCAGCCUGAUGAAGAGGCAGCUUACCUUGAAGACUCUGGUAAGCUGCGCACAUACUUCUCAUGCUUUCGCACUUUGGCCACAGGUUGGGCCGUUGCUGGCUGCUUCGACGUCACAUUUGAGGGAAAGCUUGUCAAAUUCUGCCACUGGCAAGAUGCGUGCACUUACGUUAGCAAUUUCGAGGCCAAAGCUUGGGCUGCUGCUGAUAGGUACCCUGAAGAAUCGGUGUUGCGUUAUAUAGUGGACACUGAGGAGAAGGUGCGGGCCACUGCAAUCGAACGGUGUCGCAGUGACAGCAUGCCGUGGGGCCGCGCUUUGCUCCAUGCCUGGAAAGAAGAAUCUGAAGUGUGGAUAGACGCAAAAGACUCUCUUUCCUCCAGUGGGGUCUCCUCUUCGCACAAGCAUUUGCCCAAACACGAUGCGCCUGCCCCAGCCUCCACGGCGCUGAAGGUCAAGCCAGCCACAGCCACAAAGCUGCCGUCGGGCAUUGAAAUCUACAAACGAUGGAACGAUGCCAGAGGAUGCCCCGCCCGCAAAUGUCCAAAGGGCAAGGCGCACGUUUGUGAUGUACUGUUGCAGACAGGUGCUGUGUGCGCGUCUGCUUCGCACACUCGCACAGAACACGACCCCACCAGGCACGGGGCCGUUGCCCCCUUUAUGAAGUCUUGA